AUGGCAGGCAUCAACGGUCCCCCGAGGAGCCUCAAGCAUCGCAAACAGCCUCAGCAAAAUGUGCAAUCUCAAAUCGAGCCUGGUUCCUGCCCAGCCGAAAUGAUUCUCGAUGGUACGACAUCAGGCUACACUGCGACGACCUCGGAUAUGAUGUAUGAUACUGGGUAUAGUGGGGAGCCUGGAUACUACAUGGACGUCGCAGGGAGCGAGAAACAAGGGUCGAAUCUGGAUGCUAUGAGUUUCGUCAAUCUUGCGGGUACUAGUGACAUGACGCAUACCUCCAGCAGCUAUGUGAUGGUGCGCAAGAGAGUGAACUCCAACGAGUCUAACGGGACGUCGGCAGAGGGAUCAGAGAACCAAAUGUACUCGGUUCCCCCGAGUUGUGGCUCUGCAGAUUGGCACCAUGGCGCUGAUUUCGCGGUCGAUAUGGAUCCCACGGAGGAAGACCCGUUUCAGACAAUGGCGCCACACGAUCCAAAAAACCUUCUCUCUGGCAUGUAUAGCCCGGGUAUGAACUUUUUGAAUAUCCCCAUCUUUCACAAGCUGAUUGGUUUAGAACCAAGACCAAUCCCAAACCCUUAUUCGCCAGAAGAAACAGUGAGUGCUAAUAGUGGAAGUCCUGCAAGCCAUGAAUACAUAGACAACUACACAACGAAUUCCACGGACCAGAGCAGGACAUUUACUUUACCUUCCAGGUCUUCCGAUGAUCCAUGGACCCACUAUGAGCCCUAUCGCGUUCCACGAUUUGAUCCCGGAUAUACUGUUUUCGCGCCUUCUCCUGGCCCGGCCGUGGAGAACGACCAAGAAGAAGUUCGUUCGGGAAUUUCGAUGCAGAAAGUUAAUUCAAGAAAUCACGGCCCUCGCUCCAUGAAAUCUAUCUACAAGGGGAAGGAACGGGUCAAAGAGCGCGGGUGGGAACAUGCCGUGGUUCAAAAAGGUGGGCUGCAGCUGAUAUUGAACCCAGAAGAGCAGACAAGCCAACGUGGAGGGUGCCGAAAAGGAAAGCUGGAUCCAGAAGCUGCAAUAAAAGCUCGUAGGAUCCGUAGAAUAACAGCAUGCUGGAACUGCUGGAUCCAGAAAGUCCCUUGCUCAGAGGGAAAGCCGUGUGAUCGCUGCAAGAAACAAUUCUCACCAUCUGCAAGCAACCUCUGCUGCAGGUCCCACUUCAAAGAAUAUGAGUCUGCGCUCUUCCCAGAAUACCUACAUUCCCACUUUAAGAAACGUAAGAUCGAGGAUCUCGUCAAUGAGCACACCAGUGGCUUCAGAGAUACUGUGUUGGAGAUCGAUAUCGCAACAGGAGAGUGUUUCACGCCGAUGAGGUUGUCGGCUAAUGUUUUCAAGCCAAAAUCAUGGGAGCUUUUAAGUCAGCAUCGCCUGGCGACAGAACAGGAAGAACAGAACUCGCCACUCGUACUGCAGAUCAGUGCCCCCGUUGGCCUUCUUGGCCUCUCAACUUCGGAAAUGAAGGAUAAAUGCAAAGAACAUGUCGCGGAGAUGAUCGCAAACCCAGAGUACGCUGAGCAAGUGACUGCUGGGUGCAACAGCCAGAUUCCGUACAGCAUUUUGGCAGCGGCUACACAGUUCUCGAAGUGUAAAGACGUACCACUCGUCCAUAAUGUCCUAAUGCUUCAUGCAAUCAACUACUUUAUGAAAACUUUGAUCACCUUCUCCGAGGAAUCCGCAAGAAGUGUAUAUCAAACCCUACAACCUUUUGGAGGGGCCCUCGAGCCGUAUCUCUCCUCUCGACUACUUAGCCGGCAGGUCAAGUACGCCAUGCAUAAGCUAAGCCGAGAGAUAACCGUCGAGGUCCUCGAAGGCUUGGAGCGAAGUAUGAGAUCGAGAACAAAGGAUUCAUGGCCCGUGUCAUUCUGCGCAUUCCUUGUCCUUUGCCUCUGUAUGGAAGGCUUGCAGAUUGCCUGCGAUAUAUACGUUGUCUGUGAUAUCGAAAAAUGUCAGAAGGAUGGUUCCAACUCGGCGUUUAACCGCUUUCAGAGUUACCAGGCGUCCACCGUAAUCGAUGAAAACCCCUUCAGCCAGUGCCAGAGACUGUUCCACGACAUAUAUAGAUCACACAAGGAGUCGAACAGAGGUGCAAGAGAGGCAGGGUUCAAUCCACUUCGGAACCUAGCAAACAAUGACAGGAGCACAGGCCUCGAGCUAGCAGCAGAUGUCAUGCUGAAGUCGAUAUACCAGAUGAUCUGCCAUUCAUAUCCUGAAAUCAUAGACCUUUCCGAGCGGCCUCCUUUAGUCAAUAAUGGAUAUUCGUUUGACCCGGAGAGUAUCAAAAUCAACGGAACAGGCCGCCUGGUUUCCAAAUUCUUGAGGUCGUUCUUCCCCGACCACUACUGGCCUGCUGCGUGA